ACAGCAGGUGGCGGAAUGCAGCUAACAGUGUUUACCGCCGCCAAUAAACACACGAGAAGAACAGGAAGGUCUCGAGGAAGAGGAGUGAAGAUGAGUGAAUCUGUGAGUGUGUUUGGAGGAAGAGUUCCUGCUGAGGUGGAGCUGCUGUGGAAACACCUGAAGAACCUGAAGAGAGACACUUUCACACAGAUUCUCCGAGCUGUGGUGGACGCCGUUGAUGGUCAGGACUGCUGUGAGGCCGUGAGGGAGAUUUCAGAGAGCGGGUUCGUCUCGGAGGAGAGCUUGAACCAUGUGAUGGCGGGACUAUAUGCUCUUCUGAAGGAAGCUCUGUGUCUGCCUGCUUUAAGACAAGAGGUUUUUAAUGAGGAUCUCAGAGCUCUUCGGAUUCCUGAAGAGUUCCUUGCAGACGUCUCCAGUGUUGUCUUUGGAAACAGGCAAACUUCCAUGAACGUUAGUGAUAGACAUCAAGGGCCGAGUCUGGCAAAGUUGGAAGAGUUUAAAUGGAGAGUUGAUGUUGCCAUUUCAACAAGGUACAGAAGUAAUGAUUAUUUCAUAGACAUCUGCAGAACUGAAAUCGCGCUCUCCGUGGCCACAUUAGCGGAUAAUGAGAUGACCCGCGAUCUCUCUCUUUUCAAACGGAUUAAAUAAACCGAGAAUAUUAGUUUUCAAUUUGACUUACACGAUUUAAAACCUGACAUUUCCACGUUUCUUCAGACAUAAAUCUCAUUUUUGUGUCAUUUGUAUUCACUAAGUUAGUUAAUUUUUGUGGACUGUCAGAUUGGACUUCAUUCAGAGCGAGACGACACAUCAUGUUAGUUUUGUUUAUAUUGCAAAAAGCAAAAAAUGUUUACUGUGUGUACACAAAUAAAAGAAGACAUUCCAGAGUUUUUAAUAAUAUAUAACUCUUAUUUGCAUGUCCUAAAUUGCUGGAGUAUUUUUAGUCUCUUUCGCACUGGUAAGAAAAAUACCGAGGUGGUAUCGGCGGCGUGACCGCUGACCCCUGAGCGUUAAAGCUAGCAUUGUCAGAUUAAUAUGAUUUAGACAAUAUUAGACCAUAUCUGAUAUAUGGAAUGAUGGUAAAUAGAGAUUCAAAACAAAAGCUAUACAGAGCUUACAGACGGAAACGAGGCAGACCGGAGCGAGCGAUCGAUCUUCGACGGUUCAGUCCUUGAAUCAGGUGUUGAAGAGAGAGCGGGAACCCUGAAAACACACACAAACCUCUGAAGCCACAGGAGCUAUAUCUAAAUAAAAUGCUGUAAUUAACAAUGAAAAGGAAAGUGAAAAGCUUUUAUAUGGAUUUUAUUUUUUUAAAU